AUGGCUGGCUCAGCACCACAGCAGAAAGGGCUGAUUCACACCGCAGCAUGUCUGAUUAUCGGAGAUGAGGUAUUAGGAGGCAAGACCGUAGACACCAAUUCAGCCUACUUCGCCAAAUGGUGCUUCUCUCUGGGGAUCAAUCUUCGUCGUGUCGAAGUCAUCGCUGAUGACGAAAGCGAAAUUGUCGAAGCGGUGAAACGCAUGUCCAACAACUAUGACUUCGUUGUCACGAGUGGAGGCAUUGGCCCAACGCAAGUGCUAACACGGCAUUGCAGACACGACGACAUUACUUACCAAUCUAUAGCUAAGGCCUUCGGCUUGCAAUUGAAGCUGCAUGACGCAGCUUACGAGCGUAUGAAGCGUCUCUCGAAGCCGCACAAAUCGCAGCCGAACUUUGAUUGGGAUGUACCCUCAGCCGCACUUACGGCCAAAAAACGCAUGGUUGAGUUGCCAACUGACGACGCGGUUCCUGAUGAGGAUCAGGUCAUCUUUGUCAAUGAAACGCUCUGGGUGCCUGUGAGCUGUGUCAAUGGCAACGUCCACAUCUUGCCCGGCGUCCCCAGACUGUUCGAAGCCAUGAUUGAUGGGAUGAAGCCUCGCAUUCUACCACGUCUGACAGAUCCAGAGGGCAAGGGAGUACUACGCAUUUUGAUCUCAACGCCUCUGGCCGAGAGUGCUGUUGCUGGCUACUUGACAGAACUGGCAGCCAAAGCAGAACCGAGAGGUGUUAAGGUUGGCAGCUACCCUCGGUGGGGCAAGGACCACAACACAGUGACCUUGGUGGGCCGCGAUGUCGAGUUCAUGGAGAGCCUAGUUCCGGAGGUUGAGAAGAACGUGAAUGGCAGGCGUGUGGAAGUCGAAGGCCAGGACGAUGGCAACACGUCAGACAAGGACACCUAG